GUCAGGAAGACACAAUUACGGGCAGAAAGAAGAAAGACGGGAAACUGCCGGGACUGAGCGCUUGGUGGACGGACAAGUGCCCAGCAUACCAAACUCUUUCCGAAUUCGGACACCCGGCUGGCAAAGCUUUGGAGAUCUGGUGGCCCGUGGGCAGCCGGCAAAGUCGCAACGAGGGAAAGAGCCAAAGUGUCUUGGGAUCUUCCAGAUCAGUUCUUCACCGGCAGCUCUCAGCUUUUCCGUCUGUCUGCCCGACUGUCCAUCAGUCACUGUGGAAGAAGCCUUAACGACAGAAGACAAGGGACAGAAUUUCCGCGACUUUGAGAUUCAUCAAACAGAGCUAAAGAAGCCUGAAAGAAGCGGAAGAGGAACGAGCUUCUACGGCUGUUCACACAGGCCCUCAGAAUCCACUUCAUUCAGUUGGAGCAAGGUCCUUUGCUGUCCUUCCCUGAGUGUGGCAAAGACUCGAACAUGGGAAGGGCUCGGGAAGUGGGUUGGGUGGCAGCAGGACUGAUGAUUGGGGCAGGGGCCUGCUACUGUGUUUACAAACUAACCAUAGGAAGAGAGGAUGAAGAAAAGUUGGAGGAGGAGGAGGAAGAGGAAUGGGAUGACGAUCAGGAGCUGGAUGAAGAAGAACCAGAGAUUUGGUUCGAUUUAACCUCCAUGGCUCGACCAUGGAGUGAUGAUGGGGAUUGGAACGAGCCUGGGGCCCCGGGUGGCAUAGAGGACAGGUCCUCAGGUGGAGGCAAAGCUACUAGAGCACACCCGGUCAAGCAGCGGCCGUUCCCUUAUGAGCAUAAAAGUACUUGGAGUAUUCAAAGCUUUAAAAAGGUCACUUUCGCUCUUGGCCUCUCCAAGUGUCCUACCAUUCAGGGAAAAAUGUUUGCUCAGCCCACGGGUGCCAACUUUUCAUUCAACCACAAUGUCAAUAGUCAGUUGGCCAGACUCUCCAUUGUGGGAAACACAGUGCCCACUCCCAGCCCGGCUCUUAAGGAGAAGGCUUUGAGUGCCCUGGGUAACUUGAAUGUGAGUGCUGAAAGUCAAGCACAGAUUAAGAUGGACAUCAAUGAAGGGUGCCAGGAAACGGUGUCACGUUGCUGCAACUCACUUCUGCAGCAGGCCGGCUUAAAUUUGUUAAUAAGCAUGACAGUCAUUAAUAACGUGCUUGCCAAGUGCAUGUCAGACUUGAAGUUUCCUGUGAUAACAGGGGGAAGAGGAUGUGCUGAGGUUCAGCUUUUGAAACCGUGGAUGGGGUUGUCGCCAAAGCCAGUCAUGGCAGGGGAAGUGCUGGGCGCUCAAACCCUACUCUCAUUCCUGUCCCUCUUGGCCAGGACCGGAAGUACCGGGAUCCUCCCAGACACUCUGGUCUCUUAAGUGGCCAUCUCCAACAGAGUGGGCCCGAAUCCACUUGAACCCCCUUUGGUGAACGGGCACUUGAGUUCUCAUUCAAAUAUUCUGCGGUGGGUGUGACUGAAGAGCCAACACGAGCCAAUCAUGAGGUGAAAGUGAGGGUGGCUAAAUCCAGGCUGGCACUCUGAUUGGCCAAGCAGGGAUUCCCAUGGAGCUUUGUGUAACUUCUUGGUUUUGCAGUCUGUAGGCAAAGUGCGCUGUCUAUUAUGCCCUUGCAGCUUUCUUCCUGUGGGAAAGGCAUCAUUUUUUCAGGCAGCUGUGGUGAAAGACCAUCCUAUUAGAGAGUCAUGAAGCAUGCCUUGCCUGUAGUGGUCUCAGCUGUCUAUGUUGGGCUACUUUAUGGAGACCAGACCCAUGCCGGAGCUUGUGUGGCAAAUGCAACUGUUGCUGUGUAGGUCAAAUCCCUGGUGACUCUUUCCUCCAUGUGAGCUAAUGGAUGGUGACUCUGUUUAUCCCUACAAAACAGUGCACUCCCCUUUUCUGUCUUGUUCCGAUUGAACCUCACCCAGCUGAGCCUAUGCUUGUGUGUAUCACCAAUAAAGUGUGUGCUGUGAUUG